AUGUUAGGCGAGGAUAGAUCUAUAUGGGGUGUUGUACAAAUCAACUACAUCUCACCAGAGACUUGCGAAGUGGCUAUCCGCUUUAACGCAUCUGUUUUACAGACGAUAAAGAGAAUCUUGGAGAUUGAUUGCCGUUGGGGACUGAUUAAUUAUAGUGAUGAACUGUGCCUCCUUUCAGGAUUUUUUGACGCUGCAGGAUGUUCUCUCCGACUACAUGUUAAUGCAGUUAAGGGUGUGAAUGCCCACUUUUCUCUGCAGGUUGGUCCUAAAUUUACAGAAGCAUUUAACAAUCUAUUCUUUUUGACUCCUUCUAUACAACUGACACCUCUCAUUCUCAUAAUGGGGUUUCUGUACUGUGUUUCACAGCUAACGAGGAGUAUUGCUGUGGGAAAGGAGCUGCACCUUUGCGAGGCGAUGUUAAUUAUGGGUCUGUCCAAGAGCAUUAUGUAUUCUGUGUGGUUUAUUCUGUGCGUGGUGCAGUACCGCGCUACAAGCCUGAUUAUGUCAUUGAUGGUGAAGUUGGCGUACCUGUCAAGGACAAACCAAACUACCUUUGUAUUUUUAUACUCGCGUUUCUCUUUGGCCCUUCCGCGGUCGUGCCGUCGGGUCUUUUGGAGACGCUGUUUAACAGCGUCAGGCAUGCCGCCAUUUUCGCGGCGCUUAUCUACUUUGCCUGCGCGAUUCCCCUCUUUCCGGUGA